ACCGCUUCUUCAAUCUCUGUCUCGAAGGAUAGAUCUUUUUCCAACGAUUUCUUGCGUGCUUGUUACCAAGAGAAUUCACAUGUUGCUCGGAUCAAUUCCUUACGUGAAGCUUCUCUAUCCAUGAAAACCACAAAACCAGGAUAUCCUAGCCGUAUUGACUCCCCGGUUUUACCAAACCGGUAUUUAACAACACCAAACAGAGCAAAUGAAAAUCCUAAAAGAGGAUCCAAUGGUUCUAAGAGAACUCGAGAGCCAUCGCCAAACCAUCGUUCAUUGACACGACAAAAGAGCUUUCGUCAAGAUCAAGAAAGAGUUGUUAUGUCUGCUUCAUCAAAUUCUUUAACCAAGGGCAAUUUCUUGAAAUCUCCAUCUCCAAGCAGGAGAUAUGAAGGCGCUUUCUUGAAAUCACCAUCUCCAAGCCGAAGAUUUGGAAUUGCGGCGGCUGAUCUGACGGUAAACUCAGUGUCUUCUCGUGUAAGGAAAGAUAGUAUAGAUCUAUAUGGUCCAAAGACUUGUUGUCAUAAGAGCAAUAUAUCAGAGACUCGGAUUCAUCGUAUAAGUUCUAAGAUCGACGAAACAAUUAUCAGAAAAGUAGUGACAAACCAUAAGGAACCGGUGGUUCCAAUGUAUGAAGAAGUUGGCAAUCCUUUGAUUGAUUUGGAUUGCUUUAUCUUUCUCUAAGGGGAAGCUUUUUAUUUUGUUUGUUUGUUGAUGAUGUGUUUGUGUGAACAGAUAGGUUCUGUAUUUGCUUGUGAUAACUUUUCUUUUUCGUUGUUGUGUGUUUAUUAUAGGUUUUGUGAUGAUCAACUAGAUCAAAACUCUCAUACUACUUACUUUUUUUUUCUUUCAAAAAUUUACUUUUAUUUGUAUGCAUUUGAAAUAGUUUGGAUUGAAUACAGCUAUGAAAGCUUAUUAUU